AUGCCACCAUCACAACCAUCACCCCAACAACCUUCUCAACCACCCCAUUUUAUUACAAAAACAUUUGAAUGUGAAUUAUUUAUAAUAGAUCAAGCUAAUAAAGCUUAUGAAAAUGAAAAUAGUUUUGAAUAUUUUCAAGCUAAAACUAUACUUUUAAAUGCUCUUGCCAAUACUUUUGAAGGUUCUUCUCUACGCGAUAUGAAUCCAACCAUUUCUUUGGAAAGAUUAGAGAAUAGGUAG